UAAAGCAAGAGUUAUCUAACCCAGGAGGUUGAAAUAUAAACAAACCCCGUUAGCUGCUGCUUGUCCAGUAGACUUAUAUCAGCGACCUACUCGUAGUUACAGACAGCUGGCACCCAGCAGGGCUGUUGCUAAACCAGUAUAAUAACAGAUAUUUAUAUAUAUUUGUUGUGUUGUUUUGUGUCUGAGAACAAAGGAAAAUGGCAGCGAAAGACAAGGAGUUUGAUAUUGUGAUUUUUGGAGCGAGUGGUUUCACUGGCAAAUUUGUUAUAGAAGAACUCAGUCGGGUUGCCAAUGAACACAACAUCAAAUGGGCAAUUGCAGGAAGAAAUAUGAAAAAAUUAGAGACAGUCCUGUCGGACGUUACAAAUUCCACAGGCCAGGAUUAUUCCGACAUACAGAUCUUAAUUGCGGAUUCCCAGAACUAUGAAUCUCUUUUGGAAAUGUGUACAAAAGCCAAGUGCCUUAUUAACUGCUGUGGCCCUUUUGUUUACCAUGGCCUAAAAGUUUUAGAAGCCUGUAUCGAAUGUAAAACACAUCAUGUUGACGUUUCUGGAGAACCUUUGUUUCUGGAAAAAGCACAACUUCAAUAUAACGGUCCUGCUCAGGAAAAUGAUGUUUAUAUUGUGGGUUCCUGUGCUUUCCGCUGCCUACCUAUUGACAUAGGUAUUAUGUAUACUUCGCAGCAAUUUAAUGGUGAUCUUAAUAACGUAGAAGCUUAUCUUUCUGUCGAUGGACCGGUGAAAGUAGGACUGCCUACAUUUGAAUGCCAAGUAUAUGGGUACCAGCACAGGAAUGAACUCGGAGCAAUAAGAAAAUCUUUAUUUACAACGAAAAACUAUGAGUUUCAACACGUGGUAAAGCCUAAAAGUGGUUUGUUUUACGAUAAAGAUAGCUCCAAAUAUUGCAGUGUCUGGCCCGAUGCCUACAAGUCUGUCGCUUAUCGCUCCCAGAGAUUUCUCCAAGAUCAGGAAAAGAAACGACCAACUCAGUAUGCCUUUUAUUUUUGCAAUGAGUCACUUAUCUUCUUUAUCCUCAUGUUUUUUUCUGGUCUCUGCCUAAGUUUUCUAUCAAGGUUCUCUCUUGGAAGGAAGUUGCUCUUGGCUUUCCCGACUUUUUUCAGUGGCGGUCUUGUUAAAAAAGGCGGACCAACUAAGCAAGAACUAGAAAAAUGUUCAUUUUCUCUUAAAUUUUGUGGCAAUGGUUAUCCAAGCCGGGUUAAAGAAUUAACCGAUACCCACAGUGAUUUGCCAAAUAAACCUAUUGUUACGAAGAUCAAUGGACCUGAUCCUGGUUACCUUACUACCGCCAUUUGUGUCACUCAAGCAGCUAUUGUUAUCCUGGAAGAAAACCAGAAGAUGCCUAACAGUGGAGGGGUUUUCACCCCAGCAUCUGCUUUUGCUAACACCUCUCUAGUAGAGAGACUUUGCAAACGGAAUGUAAAAUUUCAAACUGUGUCUGCCGACGAGACGAGUCCCGCUGCUGGAGAUAAUUAAAUAACUCUUUCUUUGCAUUUUU